UUCCUCUGUGAUGGGGAAAGAAAAAAAUAGCUCUAAUGAAAGCCGCUAGCACUAGGACGUUAAUGACGAAGUUUCACUUUAGUGGCACGGUACUGUCACGAGAAAAAGGACAUUUUCGGGGGCAACCUUAAUUAAAUGACAUUUCUAUUAAGGGGUCGCCUGUUUCAUCUGUGAAAAAUCUGCCAUUUCAGUCUGAGUUAACCCUGUGGGGCACGCGACAUUUCCUCAGUGUAUGAAUCAGUUGUAGUUGCGUCGCUGUAGGAGGGGAGGUGGUAAGCUAGCUAAAUUACUGUCGAAACCUGCCCCUGCCUGAGUAGUCGGGGCGGACAUCCUCAUCUGAAGCAGUUGCCUCCUGUAGUUCCUGCUGUAUCGGUACGUCCCGGAGUCUGAAAAUGUUCAGUACGUGGAGAAGAGAAGGGAAGAAAGACCCAGAAUUAUUUCAAAAUGUUGCAGAGGGGCUACGACGAUUGUACAGAACUAAACUCUUUCCACUGGAAGACACCUAUCGCUUCCACGAGUUCCACUCACCGGCGUUGGAGGAUGCCGAUUUUGACAACAAGCCUAUGGUACUCCUGGUGGGUCAGUACUCAACCGGCAAAACCACAUUUAUUAGGCACCUAAUGGAACAGGACUUCCCCGGUAUGAGGAUAGGCCCGGAGCCCACCACAGAUUCGUUUAUUGCCGUAAUGCACGGAGACCAGGAAGGUGUGAUACCUGGAAACGCCCUGGUUGUCGACCCGAAGAAACCUUUCCGAAAGCUCAAUGCCUUUGGGAACGCUUUCCUCAACAGGUUCAUGUGCGCGCAGCUGAACAACCCGGUCUUGGAGAGUAUCAGUAUCAUCGAUACUCCAGGAAUCCUGUCUGGCGAAAAGCAGAGAAUCAGCAGGGGUUAUGACUUCGCAGCAGUGCUGGAGUGGUUCGCGGAGCGUGUGGACCGCAUCAUCCUGCUCUUCGACGCCCACAAGCUGGACAUCUCGGACGAGUUCUCGGAGGUGAUCCGCGCGCUCAAGAACCACGAGGACAAGAUGCGCGUAGUGCUGAACAAGGCCGACCAGAUCGGAACUCAGCAGCUCAUGAGGGUCUACGGCGCCCUCAUGUGGUCACUGGGAAAGAUCAUCAACACGCCCGAGGUGGUGCGUGUCUACAUCGGCUCCUUCUGGGCGCAGCCGCUGCUGGUGCCCGACAACCGCAAGCUGUUCGAGGCGGAGGAGCAGGACCUGUUCACCGACAUCCAGGGUCUGCCCAGGAACGCCGCCCUCAGGAAGCUCAACGACCUCAUCAAGAGGGCACGCCUGGCCAAGGUGCACGCCUACAUAAUCAGCACCCUGAAGAAGGAGAUGCCGAGCGUGUUUGGGAAGGACUCCAAGAAGAAGGAGCUGAUCGCCAACCUGCAGGACAUCUACACACAGGUGGAGAGGGAGCACCAGAUCUCGCCCGGGGACUUCCCCAACAUCAAGAAGAUGCAGGAGAUGCUGGCCAAUCAGGACUUCACCAAGUUUGCCUCUCUGAAGCCCAAGCUGCUGGAGGCGGUGGACGACAUGCUGGCCAAUGACAUUGCACGCCUCAUGACCCUGGUCCGCCAGGAGGAGGCCAACAUGCCCGUGCAGGUGGUGAAGGGAGGGGCGUUCGACGGCACCAUGAACGGGCCCUUCAACCACGGCUACGGCGAGGGCGCCGGGGAAGGCAUCGACGACGCGGAGUGGAUUGUGGCGCGCGACAAGCCCUCCUACGACGAGAUCUUCUACACGCUGUCGCCCGUCAACGGGAAAGUCUCGGGCGCCUCGGCCAAGAAGGAGAUGGUCAAGUCCAAGCUGCCCAACACGGUGCUGGGCAAGAUCUGGAAGCUGUCGGACGUGGACAAGGACGGUUACCUGGACGACGAGGAGUUUGCUCUGGCCAACCACCUGAUCAAGGUCAAGCUGGAAGGUCACGACCUGCCCGCCGCGCUGCCCCAACAUCUGGUGCCACCCUCCAAACGGCAACUCAGUGAGAAGAUAACUAGUGACGAGUGAAGU